AUGGCCGCCAUCUUCGAGUCGUUCCUAAUCAAGUUCAAGCCUAUCUUCGUAACUUCCCCUGACUCACCUCCCGCCGCCUUAUCCUCCGUCACCGACCAGCUCAAGGCGAUCCCAGGCGUCGAGUCCCUCCAUCUAGGCCACCCGCUCGAGAAGCCCGACCACUGGGUCCUCGGCGUGCGCUGGGCCUCACGCGCCGCCCACGACGCCUUCAUUUCGAGCUCCGCCGCAACGGAGUGGAAAGCCUCGCUGCGCGCCCUGCUGGCAGAGCAUCCCAUCGUCAGCCCUGCCGCCGAGUACACAGGCGAUGUCGGGGCUGCACUUGCUGCUCCCAUCACUGAGUUCUGCACGUGCUGGGGCGCAGACGAGAGCUUCACCGAGAACAAUAUGAAGCCCUUCGCUGAGGCUUGCGACGCCGGGGGCCUAGCGGGUUUCCAUGGUCUGGCUUAUGGCCAGUUUGUCCAGGCCGAGCAUGAGAACCCGUCUGUGAUUCCUGGACUUGCUUCAAGAUUGCUCCUAGGUUGGGAUAGCAAGGAGGCCCAUCUGCAACACAAGAAUGUUGGAAGUGUCAUUGACGACAAUGUAUACUACCUCCUUGCUCGGAACAAGAGUCUGGAGAUGUACCAUGUUCCCCUUCAUGUAAUCUAG